CUGAAAACAAGCAGCAAACUCAUUGCUAUACCUGCUCUGCAAGGUUAAAGACAAAGCCGACAGUCAGUAAACAAGUGCAAUGGAUUGCGGGUAUCGAUCUGUACAGUUCUAUUUCUUUUUCAGCAUGAUAUCCUUACUGGUUAUUCGGACUGCUGUUGGAAGUGAACUCAAAUUCGCUGUCAUACUAUUUCGUCAUGGUGAUAGAAGUCCAAUAGAAACAUACCCCAAUGACAAUUAUACAGAAGAUUCCUGGCCGGAUGGGUUUGGUGAGCUCACCAAGCUUGGAAAACAACAGCAUUAUGAGCUGGGAAGAUAUCUGAGGAGGAGGUACGAUACAUUUCUGAAUGAAUCAUACAGACACCGUGAGGUUUAUGUGAGAAGCACUGACAUAGAUCGUACAAUCAUGAGUGCUCAAGCAAACCUUGCUGGUCUUUUCCAACCAACUGGAGAUCAAAUCUGGAAUCCUAAUAUUACCUGGGAACCCAUACCAGUGCAUACAGUGCCUAAGACUGAAGACAAACUGCUGCUCAUGCCUCUUGCCAAUUGUCCACGCUAUGAAACACUUCUAAGUGAAACCUUCAGUUCAAAGGAGUAUCGUCAACUUUUGGAACCAUAUUCGGAUUUUUUAAAGGUUUUAUCAAAAAACACUGGCUUCACCAUUGAGCAACUUUCCCACUUUGCUGCUUGGACAACUUAUGAUACUUUACUUUGUGAGGCUAUCCACAAUUAUUCUCUGCCCUCAUGGGCAACUAAGGAGACAAUGGAUAAACUCCAACAUUUGUCAGAGAUAAUAUUAUCUUCAAGUUAUGGUAUAUACAAGCAUCAAGAGAAGUCCAGACUGCAGGGUGGUGUCCUUUUGAACAGCAUUAUUCAAAAUAUCACAUACAUAAAAGAAACACCUAGGGUCCAAAGAAGAAUUUUAAUAUAUUCUGCUCACGAUACCACAGUAUUUAGUCUCCAGGCAGCACUAAAUGUAUCUAAUGGAAAGCUGAUUCCCUAUGCUGCUUGCCACCUUUUUGAGCUUUACCAAGAUGAACAAGGGCAAUAUAGCAUUCAGAUGUACUAUAAAAACGACUCAUCAGUGGAACCCUACCGACUCACCUUGCCGGGCUGUGCCUUUUCUUGUCCUCUUCAAAAAUUUAUUGAACUGACUUCCCCAAUAAUUACACAGGACUGGGAGGCAGAAUGUGAACAAGCAUCACAGUAUUCAGCGGCUGUUACGGGACUGAGCAUUACUGUGACAUUGCUGAUACUGACAGUUAUCGUGCUGCUGUUAAUAAUCAUCCACAAUCGGAAAUACUUCUGCGGGGAAAACUAUGAGACAAUAUAACUUUUUAAAAGGAUGGAUACUUUUGAGUCAACAGUGCAGAGAAAAUGGUCCACUUCACAGCAAACAUAAGCAGGGAUGGGCAAAUUUGACCCAUUUCGCCAAAAAUUCGCCGCCGGCGAAAUGUCGCUGACGCCCAUUAAAGUCUAUGUGUGUCAAAAAAGAUUUGUUGCGCGGCGAAAUUAUUUUGGUUUUUUUUUGACGCACGUCUCCAUACAAGUCUAUGGGCGUCAUUUUUUUGGCGAAACGAGGCGAAAAAAUUCGCCCAUCCCUAAACAUAAGCAAUAAAUAAAUACUAAAGUCAGGAAAAAAGCACGUGGUACAAACAAACAUCCUACAACUAAAUACUUGCUUUAACAUGCAUAUUUUUAGACUAGAAUAAGGAUAGUUACAAGAAGAAUGGCUUUUAUGGACUUUGAAAUUGUUAUAGUAUACUGUCGUUAUUUAAAGUAAUAUGACCAGACUAUGUUGCUUUCAUUCCUCUAUAUAACUUUGUAAUAGGACAUGUAAUACUGGUAUGGGAUCUGUUAUCCAGAAUGCUGGGGACCCAGGGUUUCCGGGUAAUGGAUCUUUCUGUAAUUUGGAUCUUUGUACCGUAAGUCUACUAUAAAAAUCAUUUAAACAUUAAAUAAACCCAACAGGCUGGUUUUGCCUUCAAUAAGCAUUAAUUAUACCUUAAGGCCCCCAUACAUGGGCCGACAAAAGCUGUCGACGGACGUAUUGGCAGCUUAUUGGCCCGUGUGGGGCCAUCCGACGGGCUUCCCCGAUCGAUAUCUGGCCUAAAGUCGGCCACAUCUCAAUCAGGGCAGGUAAAAAAAUCCCGUUGGAUCACGCCCGCAUCUAUGCGGCCCCACGAUCCGACCGCCCGUAUCGGAUCCAUUAUGAUCCAAUCGUUGGGCUCUAGGGCCCACGAUCAGACCAGUCCGAUUUCGGCCACUUCAAUGUGAGCAUAUCGGGGAGAGAUCCGCUUGUUUGGCGACAUCGCCAAAUGAGUGGAUCUCUAUGUCUAUAGCCACCUUUAGUUUGGAUCAAGACAAGCUACUGUUUUAUUAUAACAGAGAAAAAGGAGAUAGAUUAUAAAAAUCUGGAUUAUUUGCAUAAAAUGGAGUCUACUGGACAGCCUUCCCAUAAUUUAGAGUUUUCUGGAUAACCGGUUUCGGGAUAAUGGAUCACAUACCUGUAUCUAAAGGUUCCCAGAAUAAGUCUAAGGUUGCUACCUAUGGGAGAUGGCCUUUCAGUAAUUCUGAACUUUCUGGAUAACGGGUUUCUAGAUAAUGGUUCCAAUACCAGUAGUGCUAGUUGACCAUACUAGCUAAUAUUCAUAGAUUUGGCUAACAGAUCUUUAAUCGAUUUGGUCACCCUGGUGAGCUCAACAAUCAGAUCUGUCUAAUACAGUCUUCACCCAAAAAGAUUUUCCACCCUGCCAGGUUGAUAUCUAGUUGGGCCCAUUUACCAAACAAUAAAUUUGCAAUAAUUUGGCAUGGAAUAUUGGACAGCCUGUGUGGCCUAUCUUGUGUAAAUAAACUGCUGGUUUCAGUAGGGAAUACUGUAAAUACAAGUAACAUUAUUUAUAGUAUACAUUACACACAAGCACAAAUAAAAUAUGCUUUUUUAUUUAA